UAAAAUUUUAAUGUUUCAAUUUCACACGUUUCAUAUACGAAAUCUUAUUAAAUCUAUGCUAUAUCUUGUUUAGAUUCAAAUGUAUCGAAAAAUGAAUUAAAGAAAAGGUUAAUUUCAUUUCAUGUCGCAUGGUAGAUAACUAGCGCCAUCGAGUAGCCAAUUUUGAAACAUGAUGAUACAUCGAAAUAACUAAUUGAAAGUUGAAGCGAAUUGGAUGAUAUUGAAAUAACUGUUGAAGCAGUGUUUAUUUUUCACUGUCGUGAAUUUGUUUGCUUUUUGAAAGCUUUAAGAAAGCUUUAAAGCUUUAAGAUGAUGCAAGCUUGCUUUUGGAGUUUGAUGACUAUUUCUGGGAAACCAUCACGAGACAAACGUGUUGUACCUGGCUUGAUAGCUAUACAAUUAAAUAGAUAUACCACUUUAGAUGCCGAUCUUGUAGUAAUAGGUGGUGGGCCUGGAGGUUAUGUGGCAUCGAUUAAAGCAUCACAAUUGGGAAUGAAAACAAUUUGCAUAGAAAAAGAAGAUAACUUAGGUGGAACUUGUCUCAAUACCGGAUGCAUUCCAUCAAAAUUUUUGCUACACAAUUCAAACUAUUAUAAUAUGGCAUCCAAUAAAAAUUAUCAAAGUAGUGGAAUUACAGUUGAAAAUGUUAAAGUUAAUGUCGAUAAAUGCAUGCAGCAAAAGCAGAAUGUAAUAAGAUCUUUGGCAAACGGUAUUGUUCUUUUAUACAAAAAGAAUAAAAUAAAUUGGGUGAAGGGUCAUGGGAAAAUUACUAAUCCAAAUCAAGUUACUGCGCUUAAUCCAGAUGGUUCGAUACAAAGCGUAAUUAAUUCUAAAAGAAUUAUGAUUGCCACCGGCAGCGAAUAUACACCGUUAACGGGCACAAGUAUCGACGAAAAAGAUAUUAUUUCAUCUACCGGUGCUUUGUCGUUAAGCUCGACGCCUACAAAAUUCGUGACAGGUGGCGCUGGUUUCGUUGGAUUGGAAAUGGGUUCUGUCUGGCAGAGAUUUGGCUCGGACGUAACGACAAUUGAUUCUUCAUCCACUAUUGGUGGACCAAAUAUCGAUAAGGAAGUUAGUCAAAUAUUAAGAAAUAUUUUAACUAAACAAGGCAUAAAAUUUAAAAUGGAAACGAAAGUCACUUCCGCGAACAAAUCAGGAAACAGUAUCAAUGUUUCCGUUGAAAACAUAAACGAUUCCAGCAAGAAAGAGAAUAUUUCUUGCAACACGUUUUUAAUUUGUGUUGGCAGAAGACCAUACACGCACAAUUUAGGAUUAGAAAGUGUAGGAAUUAAAAAAGAUAAUUUAGGCCGAAUUCCUGUAAAUAGCAAAUUCCAAACAGAAGUACCAACGAUUUAUGCUAUUGGAGAUUGUAUUCGCGGACCUAUGUUGGCUCAUAAAGCCGAAGACGAGGCUGUUAUUGCAGUUGAAAACAUUACAGGAGGUACUAAUAACAUGGAUUACAAUAGUAUACCUCACAUAAUAUAUACGUAUCCAGAGGUUGCUUGGGUUGGUAAAACGGAGGAAACUUUGAAGCAGGAGAGAAUCGAUUACAAAGUUGGAAAAUUCCCAAACACGUCAAAUUCUAGAGCAAGAACGAAUCUCGAGACGGAUGGUUUCGUUAAAGUAUUGGCGGAUAAACGUACGGAUAAAAUAUUGGGAGUGCAUAUGAUUAGUUCGUUCGCUGGUGAAUUGAUUAACGAGGCUGCUCUUGCCGUGCAAUGUAAGGUAAAGGCAGAAGAUGUUGCAAGGACGUGUCAUGCGCAUCCAACAUAUUCGGAAGCCAUAAAGGAAGCAUGUUUAACUGCAUAUUUUGGAAAACCUAUUAACCUAUAAAACUCUUAAAUAAAACUGUGAAAAACAGUUAAUUCAAUAUAAUUCAUCGAAGCUUCGAUCUAUUUGAAAAGAUGUUUCAAAAACGCAUUUUACUACAUAUUUAGAUAUCGUCAUCAUUUAUAUUUGUAUAUAAGAUAUACAAAAACUUUAAGAAGA